UGAUUCCAGUCCCAUACUUAUCACAGCUGGCCUCACGCUUUUACUCAUCUCCUUCUUGCUUGCUCUCUCAGUCUGUCUACAUUUGUUACCUGUAGGACUUUCAGCUCUUGUUGGACUCUUAGUAAAAAUCAUAGACACUUGAGGACAGCUGGAGACUACCACCCACGGACUAGCUUUGCAUGUAUCCUGUUUUCACCUGAUCACCUUCACUAGUGUUUUUUAAUUUUUUUUAUUUGUUGGAUCCUCUGAUUUGAAGUGCCGCCUGUGUAGUGGCUUUCAAACAAACAAGAGUGAGUGCUGAGGACUUGUGCUCAGCAGGCGUUUAUUAGGACAAAACACAAGCAGUCACCAUGCUGCAGGACGCUGUAUCAAACAUUAUAAAAUACCACAAUUCUCUACGGUUGAGGACUGAUCCUCGAAUCAGAGACUUCCCACUGAUGCAGAGCCCAGUACCGAUGACCUCCAUCCUGUUGGCCUAUGUCUUCUUCUCAGUGUACGUUGGACCUCGCCUAAUGGCAAACCGCAAGCCCUUUCGUCUCAACACAGCCAUGAUUGUCUACAACCUCAGCAUGGUUUCACUGAACGCCUACUUGGUGUAUGAGUUCUUGAUGUCUGGAUGGGGCACCACCUAUACGUGGAGAUGUGACCUUAUUGAUACCUCAAAUUCCCCGGAGGCUUUAAGAAUGGUUAAUGUGGCUUGGGGUGUGUUUUUUACAAAAAACAUUGAACUCCUCGACACAGUAUUCUUUGUCCUGAGGAAGAAACAAAGCCAGAUCACGUUUCUCCAUGUAUUCCAUCACUUCUUCACACCCUGGUGUUGGUGGUGGUCCCUCAACUUGACUCCUGUUGCCGGAAUGGGCUCUUUCCAUGCCUUGGCGAAUUCAGCUGUCCAUGUUAUUAUGUACUUCUACUACGGACUCUCUGCUGCAGGACCUCGCUUCCAGAAAUACCUGUGGUGGAAAAAAUACAUGACUGCCAUCCAGCUUUCACAGUUCAUUCUGGUCUCCAUUCACAUCAGCCAGUACUACUUCAUGGAAAAGUGUGACUACCAGGUUCCCCUUUGGAUCCAUCUCAUUUGGAUGAGUUGUGCCCUUUACUUCCUCCUCUUCUCCAACUUUUGGAUACAGGCCUACGUAAAGGGUAAGCGACUCCCUGCCUCAGAGGACAAACCAAAACUGAACGGCUCAGCCAGUGAACAUUUUACUGUGGUGGCCAAUUGGAAGCACCUAUAGGAUGGGAAUGCGCACCACCACACCAAUGGGAAAAGUGACUCUGGAACUGAGAUUGAGGCUCUUUAGAGCUACCUGUUAAUAUGUAUUUCAUUGUUCAUAUCUCAAAGCAUAAUGGAAGGGCACAGAUUUCAAUAUGCUGCUUCUACUCUUCAUAAUUUUGGUAUAAGCUGAGUUUUUCUUGUGCACACUUGUUGGGAUAUGAAUGCCAUGUUGUGUUUUGCCAGUGAUCUCUACUUGACACAUUGUGUUUGUUAGUUGCAUUGUGAAAACUAUUAACUAUGAUGAACACUGUAUGAAGAUUGGUGUUCAUUUUCUCACUGAUAGUAUUUUUCAGCUCAGGCUUGAAAGCUUGACCUACACUACCAUUUGUUUUGCUAACAUGACCCUUGUUGACCCUUGAGGAGUUUCCACUGGAGGCUUUUUAUUGCAAUUAGCCAGUGUUAUGUCAGAUCUCAAGUCAUUUUCAAGAGCAUUUACUGGGGAAUCUGCACUCCAAACCUGCAGAGUGCAACCACACAAGAGAUGUUGGUGCACUCAGCAAGAACUCUUAGAGGGACCAUAUUUGCCUGCUGGGAAGGCAUGGCACUAAAUGUUUGGUUGCAGCUAGUCUUUUUCAUCUGCACCUGGAAGUAAGGAAGGACCACAAUUCCUGAUCAAUCUGAGAGACGCAACUGGUAGGAAAUACAACUACUCUGUGCUCCUUUACACCUUUCUCAGC